GAGAAAAACUCUCAAACCCUUGGUCGUAGGUUUCAAUCCCCUUCCUCCUUCUCGCUCGACGGCACCACCCAUCUUCCGCCGCCAUGUCCAUGCCGGCGGAUCGCUCUCGUCCACGUGAAUCUUCCUCUCCUCCCUAUGGCGGCAUGGCAGCCGAGAGACUCGCCGACGAUCUGCUCGUCGAGAUCCUCGCGCGCGUCCCCGCAAGAUCAGUGUGCCGCUUCAAGUGGGUCUCCAAGGACUGGCUCAGCCUCAUCGACCACCCCGAUCACCGCAGGAAGCUCCCUCAAACCCUAGCAGGCUUUUUUUACACUAGGAGCGACAACGGGGAGUUGCCUCUGGAAACAGAAGUCCGCUUCGCCGGUGUCUCGGGGAAACGCUGCCCUCCAGUCGACACCUCUUUUUCCUUCCUGCCCAGCCACCGGCGCGUCGAUCUACUAGACUGCUGCAAUGGCCUCCUCCUCUGUCGCUGGUACGGCGUUUCCUCUCUUGGUGAUGAGUUUUGUUACAUCGUGUGCAAUCCUGCCACGAAGGAGUGGGUUUCGUUGCCCGACCGUAGCCAUGAAAACAAGGUGGGCAUAGAGCGUCUGGGUUUCGAUCCGACCAUGUCUUCCCACUUCUAUGUGUUUGUGUUGCUAGAGAAUGUCAACUUUAACGCCUACCUUUCUGAAGUGGAAGUGUAUUCGUCGGAAACCAAGAGAUGGGUUUACAAGGAAAUUGGAUGGAACAAAAGAAUUGUGCUUCCUGCUGAGCAGUCUAGCGCUGUCUUCCUCAACGGCUGUUUGUAUUUUUACUCCUUCGGCAAAAGGUCACCCUUUUUUAUAGGUGUGGUAGACACGGCGGGGGAAACAUCAAUGAACUUCCAUAUCCCUGAUAAUUUGAAUAAUGGUUUUAUUCAGCACUCACAGGACUGUCUGCAUUAUGCCAAGUUCAAGAGAGGUGAUGGUAAUGUGGUUCGACUAGUAGUCUAUGUUCUCGAGGACUAUGACCGCAAAAAGUGGAAACUGAAGCAUAGUGUUAAAACUUCAGACAUAUUUGGAGGGACACAUGUUACAGAUUCCGAUUCGUUUGCAAUUCAUCCGGUCGAUUCCCGUUGGAUUGCGAUUCAUCCGGAAUGUAACUUAAUUUUCUUCACUGUGGGGUCAGCUUCCACAUUAAUGUGCUAUGAUAUGGACCGUCGACAAGUCAAAGUGAUCUGCAGUCUUGAUGGUUAUCUGCCACGCCUGCCAUAUGUGCCAUUGUAUGCAGAGUUGCAAUCACUGCAUACAUGACGUCAAUACGAAAUUCACUUCAUGCAUGAUAUCAAUAUGAAACCACCGCUGUCUUUAUAGAAACAUCUGUGAUAGGAGUCA